UUUCAAGCAUUUAAGAACAGUAUAUCCUGCCACAGAAGAAGAAGGCCUUGAACCUAUUACAGAUCAGUGCAACUUGUUGCCUACUUCUGUUCCACCUAACGAACAGAAACCUGCUGCUCCACCACAAAAGAAUGUAACAAACAAGAAAAGCCUAAAUGAUCUUUCUGAAACAGAAUUGGUGGAUUUGUUGAAACCUCGACUUUUAAAAUAUGGAAUUCCAGAGCAAGUUAUAAAUAAUAUUGUUGAUGAGGAAAUUACAGGAAGCGUUUUCUGUCGGCUUAAAUUAGAAUACAUGGAAUCGAUGUUUCCUGAUCUUAAAAAAGGGAAAAGAGUAUCUCUUUUAUAUAUACGGGAUGACAUUUGUAAUGAAGAAGAGGCACAGGUCUCAAAUACUACUGAAACCUUGCAGCUUGAAUGCAAUUUUAGUACUGAACAAGAGACACCAGAAAUAGAACAUGUGGAAGCAAAUGGUCAAUUUAGAGAAACAUUUAGAAAGUUUGACAAGGAAGUAGUGCAUACAUAUCGUUACCAAAAGGGAGCAAUUCUCACAUCUUUUAACAAUAGACCAAGCAACCUGGUAGACCCAGUGCAUAGAUUUAUGAAAGGGACUGAAUUAACUUAUGAGCAGAUAUCAGAUGAUAUAGCAGAAUUUGUUGCUGCUUGUCUGAAUGAGAGAACCAAUGGCACAGUUCAUGUAGGUGUAGACCCAAAAUUGUGUGAUUUUCAAAUUGAGGGUGAACUAAAUGGGAUCAGUGUGGAUGCAAAUAAAUUUUUAAGGAUCUUAUAUAAAAAGAUGGAAGAGAGAUAUUAUGAUGAACAGCUUCCAAUUGUUCUGAAGUGUAUGCGGCCGCCUCAGUUUAUUGACCUUUUAUCUAAAGAAAAGAAUCCACACAGAUUAAGAGUAAUUGAGGUAGAUGUUGUUCCAAAGUCAACUCUUGUUGGAGAGGAAUCUUUUUUUAUUAAAUCGAAAGAUAAUGGGAAACCUGUGUUGUAUCUGUUUGCAGAGAAUGGAAUUACUCCUCAAAAUGUGUCAGAUGACAGAUGUAUCACUUAUAUGUCAAAAUACAAAAAACUGAUCUCAGAUACAAGGGAGAACCAGGAAAAAAGUCCAAUGAUUUCAACAAUAAAGCCAAAUCUAAGGCAGAGGAUUCUAGAUUUGCUAGCAGCUGGAGAAGAGUCGUUGCCAUCAGCUGUCUAUCCUCUCUUAUUUUUAAGUCCUCUUGACAGCAGUUCAGGGAAUGGCUUGAAUAAAUUUGAAUUUCUUAUUGAUCUUGAUCCAAAUGCUGUUUUUGAUUUUGAUUAUUCAUCAGAAGACAAAGGAUUAUACAACUUCUUUGACAACGAGAAAGAACAGGUUUUGAAAGCUCUUACAACAGACAACUUUGAUCCAAAUAGUGAAGAGAAUAAAUUCAAAAAAGAAACUCACAGUAAUUUGCUUGAAGACAUAACACUAUCAGUUUUAAAACCUUGGGUCUUUUGUAAUGGAUAUGAAGCUAUGAGUAAAAUGCCAAUGAAUAUAAUGGACUGGAAGCAAAAUAGGAGCAAAGGUUUUAAAGAAGCUAUUCGCUUUUACAACAAUGAAAUACCUGAAGGUAGAGCCCUUGUUCUGAUAUUUCUUUUAUCAAAGGAUUAUGGUAUUUUGUUGGAGGCAGCUGAGGAAGUUAUUUUAAGUUUUCAAGAUCAAUGGGUUGUCUUUGCAGAGAGUGAGGAAAUUGCUAAUCAUUUUCAUGAUGUUCUUGUUAAUCAAAGACAUGCCAUUGGGAAAGAACAGUUGAAGGCUAGAAUUGUCAUAGGAAUGCCAUGGGAACAUGUCAACCAAACCAUCAAAGAACUAACAGGAUCAAAAAGAUCUUUGAGAUGUGAAAUACCAACAUCUACAGGUGCAUUUUGCCACUUAAGGGACAAGAAAAAAAAUGAAUUAAUAGACCUUGAAAUUUUAAGCAGAUGCGAGUGUGAUGAUCCUGAACUGAUCAGAGAUAGAUUCAAACUAGCACAGAUACGAAGAGAAGAAGCAGAAAAGUUUUAUAGAGGAGAAAAUGUCAGUUGGUGGAAUUUUGUAUUUCCAGACCAUGUUUUGAAAAGGGAUGUACAUGGACCAUUAAAAGAAAAAUUAGAAGAAGCCCUGAAAGGAAAUCGUGCUGAUGAGGACAAUAAAAUAGGAUUAGUAAAUAUUUACCAUCAACCUGGAGCAGGAGCAACAACGACAGCCAAGCAUAUACUUUGGGAUUUAAAGUCUUCAUACCGUUGUUGUAUUGUGAAGCAAAUAACAGAUCAAACAGUUGAGCAAAUUACAGUUUUGAGAAACUAUGAAGAGACAGAUGACCCUAAACCCCCACUGGUAUUGAUUGAAAAUGCUGAUGAAGAGAAAGUGGGAGAAUUGUAUGCACUGUUGCAACAUAGGGCAAGGAUAAUGGCAAGACGUAGCAGUGACAUGAAAGUGUUUUGUGUUUUGCUUCUUUGUACAAGGAGAACAACAAUUCAUUCUGUUGAUGAUACUAGUGUUGCUCUGAAACAUGAACUAUCCCCUAAAGAAUUGGCUUGGUUCAGAAACAGAAAUAAAGACCUGGAGAAACAGUUUGAGGCUAAACAGGGCACUGACCCUAGAUUCUUGGUUUCAUUCAAUAUCUUGAAGGAAAACUUCAACAAAGAUUACAUACGACGAACAGCUUCUGAUUUAGUUGAAGGAGUCACAAAUGAAAAUGAAAGAAAAAUGUUAAAAUAUCUGUCCAUGCUAAAUACAUUUGACCUUGACUUUCAAUCUGUACCAAUCAGUGCUUUUGAUCCUAUUAUGACAACAAGACAAAGAGGGGUCACUUUCACCUUUGGUCUUGCAGGGGGACGAGGAAAACGCCUCAAUAAAUCCUGGGAGCAAACAUUAAGUCAACCAUUACAGGUAUUGCUGAACAGUAACACAAGAGCUGGUUUUGGAGGUCAGUUGGUUGGACUAUCAAUUGUUAAUCCUUUAUUUGCUGUAGAAAUAUUUUCAUGCUUCAACCAGUCACCGGAGACCACCAGUGAAAUAAUGAAAGAGUUCCUUGAAUGUCCAAUUUUUAAAUCAACAAACAUGUCAAGUAAUGAGGUUAAAAAGAUUGUGAGAACUAUUAUGAAGAAAAGAGAGGAAAAAGAAGAUACAGCUGGUAAAGUUAAGUUCUCUCCUUUGAUUAUGAACCUGCUAGAUAAAGAAAAUGAAGAAAUUGCAGCAAGCAUACUUAUCAAAGGAUUUGAAAUGACAGAAGAUCCAAUGAUAUGCCAACAGAUUGCAAGGUUGUAUAUACACUGUAAAAAUUGGAAAAUGGCAGCUAAGUAUGCAAAGAUUGCAACUGACAUGAAGCCUCAAAAUUCAUUCUUGUGGGACACAUAUGGCCAAGUGUAUAAGAAUCAGCUAUAUGAUAAAUAUAUUUGUUUUCUGCAGGAAUGCAAAAAAGCUUUUGAUGAUGACAUAGAGGAGGUUAUAGAAAUUACACAGAAUGGACUCCAGAAAUUCCGAAAAGAACAGGAAGUUUCAGAAAAUGAGCACUUUGUCAAAGGGAAUGAUGCAGGUUACUUUGGAGAAAUCCGAAUGAUUGUCUUAUUUUUAGAUGUAUUGCGUUUUUGUCCAUUGGGUAGCUCAAAAGGUCGUUUGCAUGCAUACCUUACAGAUAAAGAUUUCGUUCCGAAGGAUUUGUUGAAUUUAAAAGAGGAGUCUGUCCAGUUUAUGAAAAGCCUUGAAAGUAGAUCUGAAUUGACACUUAAAUCAAUAGAAGACAAAACAACACAACUAAAGGAUGAUAUGUUUUAUUCUAUUUUCGGGCAUGGAAAUCCACGCAGGAAGGAGAUAACAACUCUUAAAGAAAAUUUGGAUAGCUACUUUGGAGAAGAUAGCGAUGUUAUUCCUGAAAAUCUGACUGAAGUAGAAAAAGCAGAUUUCAGAAGACGUAGAGUGAGAAGAUUAGGUGGCAGAACAUUGUCAGACUUUAUUCACAUUGAUAAUAAGUCAAAUUUAGAGGUGAUACUUCUGAUGCUAAUAGACAAUGUAAAAUCAGAUUUUUGGGUGCCAUUUGAUAUUGUUAGUUUGUUUAAUGUUGUCAUUACAAUGAAAAUUGUUCACAUUGAUCAAACAGCCAUAUCAUAUGCAGAAAUGGUUCAUUAUUCAAGGAGAUGCUAUGAUAGAGUUGUUUCAUCAUCAGACCGACGAAACUAUCUUGAAACAUAUAUGCAUUUUGUUCUUUUGAAUUGGCCAACCAAAUCUCGAUUACAAACUAAUCACAACCUCUGUACAACAGAGCAACUCCAUGAGGUUUCUCGAAAGUGGAAGGCUGCCUUUCUUGCAAAUCAUCCAAGACAGAAAGAAAGUAGACCUGUGAGGAAGCGUGAAACAACCAAUUUCUUCCUAGGAGUAGGUGAAGGACUGAAUGCCAUAGUGCACUAUGAAGAAUUGCUUGAUCCAUGGGGUAAAAAAUUUGUGCGAGGUGACAAAAUAUGGGAAUCUGCAGACUUUGUCAAAAGACUUCUACGGUUACCAGGUACACUUAUCAAUGAUGGUAAAGAAAUUACAUGCAAUGUUGAUACUAGAACAGGAGGACAAGUUGCUUUUAACAUCCCUACUUCAUUUCCCAUUGGAGUCCGAUCACUUUGGCAAAAGAGAGUUUACUUUGUUGUAGGUUUUAGUUGGGCAGGUUUGAAAGCUUAUGAUGUUAGACAGGAGGUUCCGAAGGUACCUGAAAUGCCUCGAGUAUUUAUUGCAAAUUUUCAGUCAGCAUCCACAUCUUCUACAUCCAGACAAAUGAGUAUGUCAAGACAACCUAGCAAGAAACCAAUGGAUAGUUUAGAAACACAUGAGUCACUUAUGGCUAGACUAGAUCAUAUAAAGAAGAGUAUUGAGAAAAUCCAAAAGGAAAAGAAAGGAGCAGGAGUUGGCAGAGAAAAGCGCCAGUAUUUAGAACGGAAACAAGCACAACUUGAAGAACAAUCCCAUAAACUCAUGAUGGCCAGGAAGGAAUUUUAUGGCACAUAAGUAUUUUAGAUUACAUUGAAAUUUGUCUAGAACUGGCACUCCACUUGCAUUCAUACAGGACAGAAAAUAUGACAGAGUGCAAUAAUGGAUUUUACAUUUGUAUGACUGCAAAAGUUUGGUCAUUUUUUAUGUAAUUUAUACUGGUAAUUGUUAUAUUUGGUUCCAUUUGUACAUAUUUCAUUUUAGUUCUUACAUAUUGUUCCAGUUAAUGAAUUUUAAUGCAAUGUUUCUUACAGGCAUAUACUUCAAUUGCUUUUUACCGUACCAUCUGUUAGCAGAAGAUAAAUCAAAUAUACUUUAUAUUGGACUUAAUUUUUACUUGGAUUUAGGGUCACAUAUAAUGAUAAAUUAUCAAAUUCAUUGCUCAACCACUUCCUAUUUACCCAAUACUUGUAUAUUCUUACGCAUACUGGCCAUGCAUAAAAUUUUUGAUGCAUUUUUCUCAGGAACUAAAAAAAAUCUUUCUGAAAUUUGGAAUCAACCGUUAUGAGAACAUGCUAUAUAGUGUUUGAUGUGUUUUCACUCAUCACUCUUUAACAUCAAUUGCUCACAGUUUAACUUGUUGAUUUUGAGGUCACUUUGUCUAAGGGCAAGGUUAUUAAAAAGAGAUCAAAAGUUUGACAGGAAAGUAUUUUUUUUUAAAGAUUAGAACCUUUCAUAGGAUUGCAAAGGCUGAACCAAACUUAUAAUACCACACAUAAUAAGUGAAAGAUCCCUAUAGAAAUGGAGUAUUUUUUUUUUACUUACAGAGGGACACUAUAAUUAAGCGACAAAAGGAUCUCUUUUACAAUCACAUUCAUUCUAUGCCUUAUAUUCUUCAAAGUAAGGUAAACUUUGAUCCUCGUAAUUAUCAUGUUUUUGGAAAGGACAACUUUGUCAUUAUACCACAAAGAUUUUGCUUGCUGGAAAUAAGUUAAUGGCAUAGUGUAUUAUGUGCUUGCUGUGAUAAAUAUUAUAUAAUUCUAACAUAACUUACCGAUUGGGUUAAUUAAGAAGGGAAUUUAUUACAUUAUAGAGACUGAAAAGGGUGUAAAUAAUACUAUUUUUACAAAGUGUUUCAGUGUUAUUACUGUGCAGAUGUCUGCGGAACCACUGCCAAGUAGGACCUUAAAAGGAAUAUAUUUCUCUGCAUUAAAAUUUUGUAUGCCAGAGGAAUGCAAAUAACAUACAUAGAUAUAAGAAGAUGUGGUAUGGGUGCCAAUGAGACAACUCUCCAUCCAAGUCACAAUUUGUAAAAGUAAACCAUUAUAAAGACUAAUUUUCAAGAGGUAUGACUGGGAAUUGUUUGUUUUUCUUUUUCAAAACUUUUGUUAAACCUGAUAUCAAGAUGUUUUGCUUUAAGUAUCAUGUGUAAUGAUUUUGGUAAUUAUAAAUUAUAAAAUGAUGCAAUGUAGAAGGUUUAUAAUGUUUUCUUAACAUUACAAUCACAUGGUGUGACCAAUAAAUGACGAAAAAGAAGGAUCAUUGAACAAUAUUUCUGCAUUGUUAGAACCUAGAGUUUGAAAUUAACAUAUUAUUAUGUUGUUUCAUUCAUUACUAUGCAGUGAAUAUGACUAAUAUAAGGUUUUUUAAGGAGUAUUAAUAGUUUCAAGGGAGAUAACUGUUGACAGUCUUUUUUUUGUUCAAUGUCCUGUUUUUACUUAUUUUGUUUAAGAUGUUUCAUGAUAAUGAAAUCUUAUCUCAGGACUUAGAAUUUGAAAAUUUGACAAAAAAUAGGGAAAUACUUUAUCAAGAACAUUUUAAAUAGUUUCCUAAAAAAAUAAGGAAACUCUCAUAUAUACAUGAAUUUACUAUCUUAUUAAUUUUCAAUGAAAAUCCAACUCAUAUUGAAAAUGCUUGAAAAAUGAGAGAACAAGAACCUGUUAUAAAGAAAAAGUUCAUUAAAGUUUUCGAGUUAACCCUUUUUGUAUAAAUUCAGUCAGUUUUUUUUGUUUUGCAGAAUUAUCAAAGCUUUAUUGUAAAACUAAUUUAAUGGGCUAUUUUAUUGCCAAAAAUACCCAAAUUUUGUUAUAAGGUUGUCUAAAAAAUUCAACAAACUUACAAAAUUUUUAAAAUUUGAGUCUCAUUUGAAAAUAAGCACAACAAAAUAUGCUUUAUUUUGUGAUUUUCAAAGAAAUCCCUUUAUCAUAUAACAUAUCUCAAAAUCCCUGAAAUGAAGAUACAAUAUAAACUGUAUUGACUUUCAUUAAGCGCUGUUGAAUUUUUUAGUAUUGUAAAGUCUUUAUUUUAAGCACCUGUGUGGAUUUUAAAAAUGUAUUUUAGCCAAUAAACUUUUAUUUGAUGACAAAAAAUCCAAAAGCAUUGAUUGUAUAAUAUUAAGCUUGUAUAUUGCAUAUAUUUUUACACAAUUAUCAUCAUAUUUUUAGCUCAUCACUUUUCUCAUCACUUGGUGUCCGUCGUCGUCGUUAACUUUUUCAUUAUGAACUUCAUCUAGAGAAUCACUGAUUGGAAUGAAACCAAACAUGGCAUGAAUGUUCCUUAUGAGGUGCUGACCAGGUGUUGUUACUUUGUAGCCGAUCCAUCAUCCAAGAUGGCCACCAGCGGGGGACUUUGUUUAACAUAGGACCCUAUGGACAAUACAUACAAAAGUCUUCUUUUAGAGAACCACUGAAUGGAAUGAAAUAAAACAUGGCAUGAAUGCUCCUUAUGAGGUGCUGACCAAGUGUUGUUACUUUGAAGCCGAUCCAUCAUCCAAGAUGGCUGCCAGAGGGGGACUUAGUUUAACAUAGGACCCUAUGGACAAUACAUACAAAUGUUUUCUUUUAGAGAACCACUGAAUGGGAUGAAACCAAACAUGGCAUGAAUGCUCCUUAUGAGGUGCUGACCAAGUGUUGUUACUUUAUAGCAAAUCCAUCAACCAAGAUGGCUGCCAACGGGGGACCUAGUUUAACAAAGGACCCUAUGGGAAAUAUAUACAAAUGUCUUCUUCUAGAAAACUACUUAAUGGAUUGAAACCAAACAUGGUAUGAAUGUUUCUUUUGAGGUGCUGACCAAGUGUUGUUACUUUGUAGCUGAUUAGUCAUCCAAGAUGGCUGCCAGCAGGGGGAGUAAGUUUAACACAGGACCCUAUGGGAAAUACAUACAAAUGUUUUCUUCUAGAGUACCACUGAAUAGAAUGAAACCAAACAUGGCAUGAAUGUUCCUAAAAGGUGCUGACCAAGUGUUGUUACUUUGUAGCCGAACCAUCAUCCAAGAUGGCCGCCAGCAGGGGACUUAGUUUAACAUAAGACCCUACCGGAAAUACAUACAAAUGCUUCUUCUAGAGGAGCACUGAAUGGAAUGAAACCAAACAUGGCAUAAAUUGUCCUUAUGAAGUCAUUUUCUACAAUUUCAAUGAAUUUAUUGGUAAUUUCUGUAAACUUUACAAAAGUCUUCUGCUUUUGAUUAAAUUACGGGGCCAAUAUUAAACCAAAUUUGGCCUCAAUCAUUAUUAGGGUAUCUGUUAUGAUUUUAAUCUAAUUUUACAUGAUUUCCAAAACCAAAGUAGAAUCAGGUGAGCGACACAGGCUCUUGAGAGCCUCUAGUUUUCAUUAAUGCAGUACAAUUUUACAAAUUACAUUACUAUAGUAUUAAGUUGUUGUUUUUUAUUGUCUUAGUUUAUAGAUUUUAAGGCAGCUUGCAGCUUUAUAUAUUUGUAUUUUAAAUAUCAUUAUUAAUUAUUUUCUUCAUUUACAAGAAAUUUGCUAGUCAGACAAUUAGAUGAUUAAAACCUUUGGCUUAGAUUUUUGCCUACUGUAUUAUAAAAUUUGACAGGAAAAUAAUUUGCAAUUACAAGAUUAGUAGAACUAUGUGAUAGCAGAAAUAAGUAUAAUAAAAUGAAAUCCUAGGCAAUAAGCUAUUGGUCUUCAAACCAAAGUCCUAAAAGCAAAGUUGAUGUGAAAGGGAAGAAAACAGAGGUUGAAAGAGGUUAUUUUGACUCUUUUUUUUUCUUUGUAACAGCUUAAGAAUUAUUGGGAUGGUUAAAAGAAUCUAGCAUUUUGAUUUUUGUCAAAGGAACAAUCAGUCAGUCUUUAUUUGAAAUUAAAUGUAAGAAAUGAAGAUUUACCAUUGGGACAAAAUGGAUUUAAUUAUUAUUUUACCAUUUUAAGUCUUAUGAUAAUAAAGCUUAACUUAGUAAAAUUCACAUUAACAUAAAAAAAAAAGAUUUAUAGAGACUGAGUAUCAUUUUCUUAUUUCUUAUAAUACUUCAGAACUCAUAUAUAUCACAAGAGGAAACAGAAUUUUUUUUUAAUUUGCCUUAUCAGAGUUAUUGAGAUAUCUGUAAAAAAGUCACAAAAACAACAUUAAUACUUAAAAUUAUUAUAUAAGUUAUUAUUUUUUUUUAUUAUUGUUUCUUAGUAUUAUAAGGAAGAUUGUUUAAGGUGAGACAAAUGUAAUAUCUCAAACAGGUACCGGAAAAACCUGGUAGCAAUUUUGUUCUAGUAAUUAUGUUCCUCAGCAAAUUAUCGGCAGAAAACUUAAAAUUUCAACAUAAUCAAUUUUAUCCUGAUAUGAAUCCGGAUAUUAUUUAGCCAAUAUUUUAUAGUUUUCAUUUUAUAGUUGAUUUUCAAAUACAAAAUGCAUUAGCAGAAAAGAUUUACAAUGUGAUGUUGCAAUUCUUGGUUAAGACCAAGAAGAAUUUGUACAAUUGGAGAAAACAAACAAGGUAUAUUUCUAAUGAUUAUAGAUUGUAGAUAAAUAAUCACUUGCAUGUAAUCAUUGAUAUAUCAAUAGCUACUGCAGAUCACUAAAAUAGAUAGAUGAAAACUGCAAGCACCAAAAAUGAUCACCAAGGCAAGAGGUACAACUACUAUAGUACUAAUAACAUGACCAAUGCUGUAAAUUUAAUGUUAUUGCCCUUUAAUGAUAUGAAUUUUUAUGCCCCCGCCGUACCGGAGGGGGCAUUAAGUUUUACCCUUGUAUGUCUACGUACGUCCGUCGGUCCGUGCGUCCCAAAAUUGGUUUCCGUUCUCUAACUUUAGUUUGCCUCAACCAAAUGUUAUGAAACUUAUACACAAUGCUUAUUACCACAAAACACAGAUCAAGUUUGAAUUUUGGUGGCAUCACUUUUAUCGUUCUAGAGUUAUGCCCCUUUACAAAUGGAAAAAUUCCUGAAAUAUUUGUUUCUGUUCUCUAACUUUAGUUGGCCUCAACCAAAUGUUAUGAAACUUAUGCACAAUGCUUAUUACCACAAAACUCAGAUCAAGUACAAAUUUGGGUAGUGUCACUUUUACAGUUCUUGAGUUAUACCCUUUAUAACGAGAAACAAGAAAAGAAUGAAUUUACAGAAAUUGUAAACAGUGGAAUUGCUAAUCAAGCAAAUUGGGAGCUAUAAAUCAUGUCAUUUUGUCUUCACAAUUAUGACUAUAUCUUUGAAGAGGGCUAUUUGUUUUGCGAAAGGUGGGAUUGGAAACUUUUUAUCUCACCGGGGCCCAAAGGGCCCCAUGUGAGCUUAUGCCAUCACUUGGCGUCCGUCGUCUGUCCUCAUAAACUAUUUCAAAAUCUUCUCCUCUGAAACUACUGGGCCAAAUACCUUCAAACUUUAAUUAAAUGUUCCUUAGGGUAUCUAGUUUAUAAAUUGUAUCCGAAGUUUUGAUCCAUCGACAAUCAUGGCCGCCACGGCUAAAAAUAGAACAUAGGGGUCAAAUGCAGUUUUUGGCUUAUAUCUCAAAAACUAAAGCUUUUAGAGCAAAUCUGACAUGUUAAAAUUGUUCAAUUGGUCAAGAUCUAUCAGCUCUGAAAUUUUCAGACAAAUCGAACAACCCAUUGUUGGGUUGCUGCCACCGAAUUGGUAGUUUUAACAAAAUUUUGCAGUUUUUUGUUAUUAUUUUGAAUAUUAUUAUAGAUAUAUAUAAACUGUAAGCAGCAAUAAUGUUCAGCAAAGUAAGAUCUACAAAAAAGUUAAUAUGACCAAAAUUGUCAAUUGACCCCUUAAGAUGUUAUUGCCCUUUAAAGACAAUUUUACACAAUUUUUUCAUCAAGUUUGCUAACAUUUAAAAAUCUUCUCUGAAAUAUAGGUGAGCGAUUCAGGCUCUUGAGAGCCUCUUGUUUAGUGAUGUGAUACCAAGGGAAAAUAAUAAUUUAUUGAAUGUAAUUUCACUUAAUUACACUUGAAAAUAUGUAUAUUUCAAGUUAAUAUCAAAAUUGAAUAUUUUUCUGGCUGAGUGAUUCAUGCACUACUGUUUGACGUGUUUGUUAAUAUAUUCAAAUAAGAAUAUUAUCAAAUAAAAUACAUUGAAUCUGCA